GGGCUAGACAACCAAACAGCAUUUACCUGGAGCCACUGGGAUCCUGGGCACAAUGUUCUGGUCCUCCAAGAAGGACCUCAGGACCAUCCUGGAGAUCUUUGCUGUUUUCCAGUGGGCCCUCAGUGCCUUUGUUAUUGCAACAACUGUGAUCCUUGUCAACCUCUACCUGGUGGUGUUCACACAGUACUGGCCUGUCACUUUGCUCAUGCUCAUCUGGCUGGCUUUUGACUGGAAGACCCCUGAGCGAGGUGGCCGCCGGUUCACCUGUGUGAGGAGGUGGUGUUUGUGGAAACACUACUGCAAUUACUUCCCAAUCAAGCUUCUGAAGACUCAUGAGAUUUCCCCCAGCCACAACUAUAUCCUGGCCUGCCAUCCUCAUGGGAUCAUGUCUCAUGCAUGCUUUGGACACUUUUCCACUGAAAGGUCAGGCUUCUCCAAGAUCUUUCCCGGCAUCACUCCUUAUAUGCUCACGCUAGGAGCCUUUUUCUGGAUGCCUUUCUUGAGAGACUAUGUAAUGUCUACAGGGGCCUGCUCUGUGAGCCAAUCCUCCAUGGACUUUCUGCUUACCCGGAAGGGCACAGGCAACAUGCUCAUUGUGGUGACUGGUGGCCUGGCUGAGUGCAAAUACAGCAUUCCAGGCUCUUUCACCCUGGUCUUGAAGAACAGGUGUGGCUUUGUGCGUAUGGCCCUUCGGCAUGGGGUGUCUCUAAUCCCUGCUUAUGCCUUUGGAGAGACGGACCUCUAUGACCAGCACACUUUCACUCCUGGGGGUUUUGUCAAUCGUUUCCAGAAGUGGUUCCAGCGGCUGGUACACAUCUACCCCUGUGCUUUCUAUGGGCGUGGCUUUACCAAGAACUCCUGGGGCCUUCUGCCUUAUGCUCAGCCCGUAACCACUGUUGUUGGGGAACCUCUACCACUGCCCAAGAUUGAGAAGCCGAGCCAAGAGACCGUGGUCAAAUACCAUACACUUUAUAUUGAUGCCCUACGCAAAUUAUUUGACCAGCAUAAGACCAAGUUUGGCAUCUCAGAGACCCAGGAGCUGGUGAUAGUUUGAAAGACAUUCCCAUGCCUGGAUGGCAUGGAACUGGUGAAAACAGGACAAAAAUCACCCAUGAAAUGCCACUUGUGACUUGACUAGAGGGAGAGGCUAUUUGGUUAUUUUCUGCACCCAUCCUUUUCCACUUCCAUCUUUCUUCUAGCUUUUUCCCUUAUUCCCUGGACAGAGAAGACCCUAG